CAGGAGUCGGGACCCCGAGCUCGUACUGUUCGCCCUGUGCCCUGCGGAGAAGGCUUCACCGCGCGACGGCCGUGUUCGGCGGCGGAGGCAGCAUGUGAGCGCACCGUUGGGACGGACGCCUGACUUUGAGCGUCGUCGCGUGCGUUUCCCGACGCUUCGCCUGUUGUACUCAUCCGGCGUCGUGUGGAUACCGGGAGGCGUGCCACUUUAAUCCGCUUCCACGUCGCGUGUUGUUCAUCCGAAGUGUGUGGUCGCGGGUGCGACUAGACAAACUCCGCUGGCCCCGGUGCUGGUUCUGCCGGAGGCCCCUCACGAUGGAGUGUCGCUGCCCGUCACGUGGCCACCGAUGACGUGAAGCAAGCACGACGAAGCUGACGCGUGCGUAACGGGACAGCGAUGGCGUCGUCUCCGCGGCGAGCACGAUGGCCACUACUGCUCUCUCUCUGCGUCUACGCAGUUCUUCUGCCGGCCAGCAGGGCCUUCGACUGGGGUUCUUGCAACCAAACGCUUGGAAUGACAAGCGGCGAAAUCAAAGACGAAGACAUCUCGGCCAGUUCCACUCACAAUGCCGCCAGUGUGGGGCCGCAAUUCGCCAGGCUUCUUCGAGAGCUGAACGGUGGCGCUUGGUGUCCGGCACCGCAGAUCUCCUCGCAGACGCACGAGUACCUGGAGGUGAACCUCCGGUCGGUGCACGUGCUCACAUCUCUGGCCACGCAGGGCCGCUUCGGCAACGGCCAAGGCCGCGAAUUCGCCGAGGAAUUCAUGGUGGAGUACUGGAGGCCCGGGCUGCACAAGUGGCUGCGAUACCGAAACAGGACACACCACGAGAUCUUCGAGGGCAACACCAACACGUACACGGAGGUGCGGCGCACCCUGGACCCGCCCGUGAUCGCCUCCAAGGUGCGCGUGGUGCCCUACAGCAGCAUCCUGCGCACGGUCUGCAUGCGCAUCGAGCUCUACGGCUGCCCCUGGACGCAGGGAAUCCUGUCCUACUCAAUACCCCAAGGUGAGCGCCGCGGAACGGACGUCGACCUGUCCGACGCAACUUACGACGGUAUCAAGGACGACAGCUACUUGCACGGCGGCCUCGGACAGCUCACCGACGGCGUCGCAGGCAGCGAAAACUUCAAGCUCGACGUAUCGGGAUAUGGAAAAGGGUACGAGUGGGUCGGCUGGCGCAACGACUCGCUCCACUCCCAGCCACUCGAGCUGGUCUUCGAGUUCGACGCGGUGCGGAACUUCUCCGCCGUGUUCCUGCACUGCAACAACAUGCACACCCGUGACGUGCAGCCGUUUCGCGCGGCGCGCAUCUCCUUCAGCGUGGGGGGAAAGCACUACCUGGGUGAACCGCAGCACUUCAACCUGAUGCCGGGUCUGUUCAACGAGAAGACGCGCAACGUCACCAUCCGGCUGCACAACCACGUGGGUCGCUUCGUCAAGCUGCAGCUCGAGUUCGCCGCCAAGUGGCUGCUUCUCAGCGAAGUCUCCUUCACAUCCGUGCCCGCCGUGGGCAACUUCAGCGAGGAGGAGGCCCCCGCGGCACCCCCGAUCGUGAGCACAGCCAUGAGUGAGGAUCCCAUGUCCAAGCAGUACGUGGGACUGGUCAUCGGCGUGCUGGCCGCUGUCAUCCUGCUGCUCGUGCUCGUCAUAUUCGUCAUUGUCGCACGCAACCGACGUCGAAAGCAUAGCACGCCACACGCCAUCCUAAAGCCUCUCGACAGCCGCGUCACCAUAAAUAUGAAGGAUCUUGCGUUAGCCUAUUCCCCCCAGUACGUGGCACGGGAAGCUAAUGGGAAUCUUUAUGGCCAGGUCGCCCUUGAGGAUCCAGACCCUGACAAGCUCCUGUACCACGAACCCCAAGAUUUUAAGCCCAUCUACCCAGGGACCUACAGUAACGAUUCGACAACGUCCCGCGAGUACGCGGUGCCUGACAUGAACAAGAGCCCCGUGCUGGGAGGCUCGCACAAGUCGUCGCCAUUUCCCCAAACGAAGCCACCACCGCCCCCGCCAGCCGCUGAACAGUAUUACGCCGCUACCGACGUCGUCGUUAGUCUGCCCAACAUACAGGGUGUGAGCGGCAACACUGUUUACUCUGUUCCGACAUUGGACCUGUCAUCGGCUGAUGAGAAUUCUGGAGGCGCAACGCUACCGCCCGUGCGAGAAGUGCCCAGGCACAGAAUCCGCUUCAUUGAAAAACUCGGCGAGGGGCAGUUCGGAGAGGUGCACCUGUGCGAGGCCGAAGGCAUUCCCGAGCUCGUGGAUGUACCGGUCAGUUUUGGUACCAAGACGCUGGUCGCGGUGAAGACGCUACGCAAGAACGCCACCGAACACGCGCGCGCCGACUUCUUGAAGGAGGUGAAAAUAUUGUCCAGGCUUCGCGACCCCAACAUCGUGCACGUGUUGGGCGUGUGCACAAGAGAUGAACCCCUCACCAUGGUGGUCGAGUACAUGGAAAACGGAGACCUGCACCAGUUCCUGCAGCACCACCUGCCCGACACAUUUGCGCCACCCAUUGCCAACAAUGUGCUCAGCUACGGAAGCCUCAUCUACAUGGCGACACAGAUAGCUUCAGGAAUGAAGUACUUGGAGUCACUCAACUUUGUACAUCGGGACCUGGCAACGCGCAACUGUCUGGUCGGCAACGCUUUCACUAUAAAGAUAGCCGAUUUCGGCAUGAGUCGGCAGCUGUACGCCUGUGACUACUACCGUAUUGAAGGCCGUGCCAUGCUGCCCAUCCGAUGGAUGGCCUGGGAAAGUGUACUGAUGGGCACCUUCACGACCAAGAGCGACGUUUGGGCAUUCGCCGUCACCCUGUGGGAAAUUCUGACAUUUGCACGCCAGCAGCCUUUCGCCUCCCUGAGCGAUGAGCAGGUCAUCGAGAAUGUGAGCCACUUCUACCACAACGACGGCCUGCAGACGCACCUGCCGCAGCCGCCGAAUUGCCCUCGUGAGAUAUACGACCUGAUGCGCGAGUGCUGGCAGCGCAACGACUCGGAGAGGCCAAACUUUAGGGAAAUCCACCUCUUCCUCCAGCGGAAGAAUCUCGGAUACACCCCAGAGUCGUGAGCGGCCGCACGCCGAGCUGGCCUCCCCUCGUCGCGCGCCGCUGGCACCAACACUGUGUGACAGCGCCAACGAGCCACCCCAAGAAACCCUCCCUUUGUGGUCCAUCUGUCUCCGAUAUCCUGCCGCAGAGAUCGCGUUUCCCGCGAGCAAGCGCCAUCUUCGUCGUGAUUGUGUGAGGUUGCAAAUGUGUACUUUCUCGCGAGACACCGCGCGCUGAUCACGCUGGCACGAACCGAAGAACCAAAACCACGAAGCAGAUUUGGCACACGAAACAUAUGUCGCUAAGCAAGUUUCCAUACUGCCAGAUCCCUUCGGACAUUUGUCACUCGUGGUUGGAGAGAGCUGCCGUGCUCGUGGACUUCAUUGAGUUAGGCAAAGUCAAGUUUUCUAGCUGCCGAGGAAAGAACGAUUUAGGCUUUCCACCGUAAGCUCGCAAGAACUUCCGUUCUCUGCAGGGGUCAGAAUAACUUGCUUCACGCAAGAUAAUAAAUGCCAGCGCACCAUGAUUCAUUCAAGGCAAGUGCAUUCUGGUGAACUUUCUGUGUGAAUACUCGAAAAAGGAGAAAAAGGAAUAGCACCGCCUCGCCAUUUUGGAACUGGACGCUGCGCCUGCACUGAACCAUAGGCAACUUGAUGGCAGUAUGUUGACACGAAGCCCCUCGUCGCUUCCCUCUUUGUGCCAUGAGACAAUUCCCCUGCCUCCCCCCCCCCCUUGUCAUUGUACUGGGCACGUGGACUGCUUACUUUCCUUUGUACAUAUGACCAACCAAAGUAUAACAAUGCUUACAUGAAGCACUCGAGAACAGGACGCUUAUGCGUCAUAUAAAUACACUCUGCCCAGGCUGUAAUAUUUUAGUGGAUUUUUGAUGUGCACGUACUUAUAGAUACACCAUGCUUUUGUGUUAUUGGUAAACACUUCGUCAAGUGCAAACUAGUGUCACUGAAAACUAGUUCCUUUAUUCUGCAAUGGAACUGUGUCAGUUGCCACACACAUUUAGCUUGGACGGCAUCUUGAUGAAACACAUUGUCGAUGUUUGAUCAAGGCACGAUGCAUGUUAAAAAUGAAACUGUCUUUAUCCAGUAAUCUGCUUGUCUUGUUAUUCUCUUGUACCUAUGUCUGUGAAGAAACAUGGUAAAGGUUGAGCAACUCAUUGUCAUGCCAUUUGUUGGCCCUCUUUGGACAACUAUUGAGGUCACAUUUAAGUUUUUUGUCCAUCUUCCAUGUGAUAACGUGCUCAACCCUUGUAUAGAUUUUCCUUGAAACCAUGGCAAUAUUUCAGACUUGGCUAAUCUGCCCUUAUUUAUAUACAUGAUUGUGAAAGUCUGAUGGUAUAUGCAGUGAGGACAAAGGACCUCAUGUUUGAAAAAAAAACAGAGCAAUGCAGAACUAAUGAGGCUGCAAGUUUUAUGAAAAUAUAAAAAGUGUCGUAGGUUCACUGAUAGAGAAUACCAUUUCUGAUAAAACUGUGUGCAAGAAAGCAAUACGAGUUUUAAUUAUCCUUCGUAGCAUUUCUCAAAUUCCAACUUAUUGAUGAUAUGAUGGUAAUUAUGAUGAUCAAAGGAAUUAUUUCUGCAGACUGAAGGCAGCAAAGUUAUGCUGAAAACAAUAAAGCUUAAAUAUUCAUUUAGUGGAAACUAGCUUGAUUUUUUCGGCCUACCUCCAUUCUUAUAAAAAUAAAAAAAUGAAAUUGAAAUUCAAAUCAAGUAAACCAUUCUUAGUGUAUUUCAGUAAAUGUUGACCAUUUCACAACAAGAUUUACAAUAACUGGUAAUAUCAUUUUAUUGAGUUUGACCCAAGUCAUAUGAAAUGUGUUUUCUUGCCCAUUUUCGUGCCUACAAUACCAUUCUUCACGAAUGCACUUGUCUGUGGUUUGAAUUAAAAUUCAAGCACAAGAAAGAGGGAAAAAAAAGCUAUGCCUCUAUGGGCUCCAUGCGCAUUGGCCAGUCUUGAUCUUACUGAGAACACUAUUGCAUGACUACAAUUUAUCUCAUGCAGUGUACUCUCAAUCAUUAAGGUGUCAUCAUAGUGUUCCAACGGUGCUGUCAUGCUCCCUUGUAGAAUUUGCUAGUUGUUUCUUUAUGGCAUCUUGAUAACAUGUUUCCAGAUUUCGAAAUCAUGGCAGAGACUACCUCGUCUCAGACACUAGCGCCCAGUCAUUUGCCUGAAGUUCCUACGGACACAGUGCACAAAAGGCUUCUCCGUACUGUUUUCUCUCUUUUGUGUGUGUCUACUCUGUAUCUAUGCUGGUGAUUCUCACAGUGACAAAAAUGGUUAAAAACAGUAGUCGGAGAAAGAAGCACACUGUGAUAAGCAGUUUUUUUUUUAACUUAUAUUUCGACCUCAACUAGGAAGACUGAAUAAAUAAGGCCCUCUUUAGAAUAGCCACUUUAUUUAUUGAUUUGGUGUAAUGACAGUAUUCAUGACAACAGAAAAUAAAUAAUGUGACUAAGGGCAUAAAUUUUGGAUAUAGCUGCUUUUGAUGGCAUUAGAAAUAAGAAUGUAGCUCUUUGUAACUGCUACUGAUGUACACAUGAUGGGUCGAACGACCAUGGGUGUUGGAAGUAGUUGGCUCACUUAUCAUAUGUUGCACGAUAUGCGCAGUGGCAAAAAUUUAGGUGAUUUUACAGGUUGUAAGUUUUGAGAAUUAACACCAAAACUCACUCAAAUUAUCUGUCAACUGGUUUAAUUAUGGCAUUUUUUUGUUCAAGUGGCAUUUAUGUGCUGGUACACAGGCUUUUCUCUGGAGAUUACAUUGGUCGAUUGGAUCACUGUAAAUAUAAUAAUAAGUUUAAAUUUAUUGCGAGUCCAUGAACAUAUUUUGCUACUAUGUGUUCUCUUCGUGUGCUUGCCAGUACAUGUCAUGAAAUGUCAGCACGUUCUUUAUUCAGUUAGCAACCGAACACUCAGAAAAGAGCCAACUACUUGCUUUUUACUUGCUAAAUAUGUAAUGAUUACUUAGUUGCUGUGCCAAACUUUUCGUAGCCCUAAAAAAACGUUCCUGAAAGCAUCACCAGGAAAAAUACAGCAAAUGCGAGUAGAUCAUGAAAGCCACUGUAGCUUCUUUCUCUAAUUUUAACGUAGUUAUAGCUAUUAGUUUUUCUCGCCUAAAGCAGACCACAAUGUCGCGUCAGUCUACAGGGAGUACGACAGCCACUGUCUUGUCACUAGGUUUUUUUUUUCUGUUUGAUAUGCAUUUGCGCCCCAGUAUUCUUUCUUUAGUUUUCUUUGUUUUGUACACAGAGCAAGAGACGGCGACUGUUUCCAAAGCGCGUCCGCGAUAUGUGGUGCCCAUGUAUGUGUGUGUGUGUGUGCGCGUUCGCAUGUGAUGUGUACGUGAGUGCGAAGACGAAGGCACAGGACUGCCGACGACGCCCAGCUGUACUGCACCUUGGUUCCCCUGGUCACCGUUUGUGCACUCUUCUCGUCGCAAGCUCUUAGGAAAAUAAUGGACAAUCUACUGCCAAUAAAGCACACGGAUGAAAUAAAAGAGAAGCCCUACAGCACAGAGCCUUGCACCUCC